UGCAACGAGAAGAAGGUGAUUUGGAGGAUAAAUAUACAAAGACAAUGUCGUGGCAAACCUACGUCGAUGAGCAAUUGAUGUGCGAGACCGAGGGUCAUCACCUCACCGCGGCGGCUAUCAUGGGCCAAGACGGCAGCGUGUGGGCACAGAGUGCUUCCUUCCCUCAGUUUAAGCCAGAGGAGAUCACCAAUAUCAUCAAUGAUUUCAAUGAACCGGGAACACUUGCCCCUAUCGGCUUAUUUCUCGGAUCAACAAAAUAUAUGGUCAUUCAAGGGGAGCCAGGAGUAGUCAUUCGUGGAAAGAAGGGUUCUGGAGGUAUCACUGUGAAGAAGACUAACCAAGCACUGAUCUUCGGUAUCUAUGAUGAGCCCAUGACUCCGGGGCAAUGCAAUCUAGUCGUGGAGAGGUUGGGCGAUUACCUUUCUGAACAAGGCCUGUAAUUCACCCCUCUUAGGCGCGAGCAUCUCAUAUUCCUCCAAGGAAAUGAAGACUAAAAACUCGCUUCAUUUUUAGCUACUUUAUGAAUCCUUAAUUUUUCAGCCAUGAACAUUUUGGUUAAUUC